AUGAAGGGCCUCAAAAAGGCUAUGGCCCUUUCACGAUCCCGGCAUUCAGACAGCCAGAAUCGUAACAACAAUGCCGCCAAUGCGGCACCAGCUCCGCCAACGAAAGACACACCAACACGAAGCUUCCUUUCAGGCUCGGGUAGGAAUCACAGCUCCUCUUCUUUUGCGUCCAAUGCGAGUUCAGCGUCCCGUGUAUCAUCGUCCUCGUCAACACAUUCGCAAUCCAGCAAAAUAGGAACGAGCAACACUACAAGCGCAUCAUCCACAACUCCUAUGCAGAUGCCACGCCCUGCCGGAAUGGGUGCACCAGUGCAUGCAUCGCCGAACAAGAGUGCUGUGCCAUCCGCUGAGGGAACGCCUCGUCCUAGCGGAUCUGUCACCCCUUCUACAUCGGCCAGCUCCUUAGGUGGUGUAUCAACAAGCUCAGGUACGACGCCUUCUAUUGCACUGGCUCGUACACGUCAACCAGUCCAGCCUAUGGUGGCACCGAAAGAUACGAUUCCCGUCGUACGAACGCCACCGAGAAAGCAGCGCAGCAGCCGCAUUCAGCCAUCGGACAACAUGAACUUGGAAGCGCUUCCACCAUUCUCCGAUGUGAUGCCAUCGGAGCGUACUUCCUUGUUUGUGAAAAAACUCCGUCAAUGCAGCGUCGUGUUUGAUUUCACUGAUGCAAGCCUCGAGUUGCCAGGGAAGCAGAUUAAGGCACAAGCAUUGCAGGAGAUGCUGGAGUAUAUCACUACCCAGCGCGGUACGAUUACGGAACCUAUUUAUCCCGAAAUGGUAAACAUGUUUGCAUCGAACUUAUUCCGGACGAUUCCGCCACCUUCGAGUUCUCUGGGUGAAGCAUUUGAUCCUGAAGAAGAUGAGCCAGUUUUAGAGCUAGCAUGGCCUCACCUCCAACUUGUGUAUGAGCUUUUCUUGCGCUUUGUCGAAAGCUCAGACCUGAAUACCAGUGUGGCAAAGAAAUUUAUUGACCAUUCAUUUGUGUUGCACUUGCUAGACUUGUUCGACAGUGAAGAUCCUCGGGAGCGUGACUUCUUGAAAACUACGUUACACCGAAUCUACGGAAAGUUCUUAAAUCUUCGUGCUUUUAUUCGUCGCUCUAUCAACAACGUGUUUUUCCAGUUUAUUUAUGAGACCGAAAGGCACAAUGGUAUUGCGGAACUACUCGAAAUUCUUGGUUCAAUUAUCAACGGUUUUGCUUUGCCAUUGAAAGAGGAACACAAGGUGUUCUUGUCGCGGGUUCUUCUCCCUCUCCAUAAGGUGAAAAGCCUGGCUAUGUACCAUCCUCAGCUUGCGUACUGUGUUGUACAAUUUAUCGAAAAAGACAGUACCCUCACAGAAGAGGUGAUGCUUGGCUUACUGCGCUUCUGGCCCAAGACCAAUUCUCAAAAAGAAGUUAUGUUCUUGAAUGAAAUUGAGGAAGUGUUGGAUGUUAUUGAACCCACAGACUUUGUCAAAAUCCAAGUGCCAUUUUUCCAGCAACUUGCUCGCUGUGUUGAAAGCCAACACUUCCAAGUGGCCGAACGCGCUCUUUAUUUCUGGAAUAAUGAGUAUAUUGUCAACCUUAUGGGUGAUAACAUUCAAGUUAUUUUGCCCAUUGUAUUUGGGAGCUUGUAUGAAACAUCCAAGACGCAUUGGAACCCUACUAUUCACACGCUUGUAUACAAUGCCUUGAAGUUGUUCAUGGAAAUAAACCCAGCGUACUUUGACCUUGUGUCAAAUGAGCAUCAACACCAAGUUAUGAUGACCCAACAACGUGAUCAAGAACGGGAUCAAGCAUGGCGGCGCCUUCGUGCGGAUGCACUUCGGAAUUCUAAGAAGCAUGGCAUGUCCCUUCCUCAAUCAGCACAACCUUUGGAUAGAAAUCCAGCUUCUCGAGCAACAAAGCGCUCCCCUGGCGCCAAGGAGUCUGGCGCAUUUGCCAGUAUGCUUCCCUUGGCGAAUUCGUUAGCUGGUUUAGCGCCACCUGCACUGAGCCUCGCAUCAUCAUCAGGCGUUGUUCAUGGUCUAGGACCUAGCGUUGAUAUUGUCAAUCAAGACAAUAGACCUGUAUCCCCUGCCCAUGAUACCUCGUUCGGUGAUGAUCACGACCUAUCACCAAACAGCACAGCUGGCACGUCGCAUACAGGCGAGUUUGAAGAUGCGGAACAAAGCAUCUUGCAUGACUUGGCAGACCAUAUUGUACCUUCCUAUAUCGAAUAA